AUGGUUAGCGCGGUACAGUACCCUGCCUACGGAGACGUACGCCGAAAGAGUGGUACGGUUACGCCGAAAGCGUCAAGCCGAGUAUCAGCGCCAGCGUCGAGCUGCAUUGUGUUGCAGCAAGGGGAGGAGGGAGGUGCAAUGGACACAUGUGAAUGUAAACAAGACAGCUUGAGGAUCAUCAAUCCACCCUACCAUCGUGCAAUCAACCUCUUCGUUUUCACCGCAAUGGCUGAUCUGGAGCGUCGGGAUGCUAUCCCAAUACUGUACACGCGCGGCACCCACUACACAGUUGGGUUCGAUGUGGGCCGUACUUUUGCAUCCAUCAUACACAGCUUUCUGGAGAAGUCGAACACACUGAACGAUACGUACAUACCGCUAUUCAACACCGAAAAGGGUCGUAAAAUCUACGUUGACACGUACGAAAACGUUAACCGAUCGUUCCCGCAGUACAUCCGAGAGCUGCAGGGCAUUGCGGAUGGUGCGAAGGUGGACUUUUAUAAGCUGUUUCUGCUGCAUAUAGACGACGUCAUCUGCGGUGCGCAGGAUGGGAACAAUCAACCGAUCGGCUGCUCCACCAUCUGUGUCAACGAACCGGACUGUGUGGUGCUGGGACACACGGAAGAUGCACUGUCCGAGGUGCUGAAUCACUUCUACUUCGUAUCGGCACACAUCAUUUCGGAAACGCCGGAAGGCAAGCACAAGGUGGUGGAGGAACGGUUUACAUCACUGUGCUAUGCCGGCCAUCUGCCCGGUUACACGAUGAACGCCAAUCAUCAUGGGUUGGUCUUUUCGAUCAACACACUCAGCGCAAAGACGCUCGUUGGUGGCAAAACGCCACGUCACUUUAUCACGCGUGCCCUGCUAGCGGCGGAGAACUUCGUACAGGCACAGGAAAUAUUGCGCGAUCAUGGCGUUGGUGCGGCGGACGGUUGCUCCAUUAACAUGACGUUCCUUAGACAGGAGGGCGAUCGAUUGUUUCACAACGCAGAAAUGGGACCGGCCACGAAUGGGAACGAGUCGCAGCUUAACAUACUGACCGCCAGCCCUGGGGAGCACAUCGUCCACGUGAACAGCUACCAGCGGCUCCCGGUGCCGGAAGUAUCCGGGCUGAUCAUCGAGUCCAGCAUCGAGCGGAUGAACACGUUCGCCAAGUAUCCGCCACCCAAAACGCUGGACGAUGUGGUGCGGAUGCUGAGCGACAUGACCGCCAAGGAGCAUAAGGUGUUCCGGGACCAUGGCAAGAACCAGAAGGUGAAAACGAUCUGCGUCGGCAUUAUCGAUUGCAUUAAGCGCACCUGGACGCUGUACGCGGAGAAUCCGGCCUAUGUGCCGCCGCUCGUUGUCUUACCGUUGGUGCUGAAGGAUUGA